CCUCAGAUACAACGUGAUUAGUAUCCAACCAUCCACUCUUGACAUAUAUCCGACCACCCUCCUCCCUCCGACAUCUCCUAACGCAUCUCAACAACACCCAUCCCAUCAGAGCAAGUCGCAAUGCCUACACAGUCCCCUUCCCCUUCCCCAUCCCCGGGGGAUGGCUCGAGGAAAGAGAAAGUUCACAUCGCAGACACCCCCAUAACGCUCCAAAACUGGCAGAAGCACGUCAACUGGCUGAACGUGACGAUGAUUGUCCUCAUCCCUCUGUACGGCUGCAUCCAAGCCUUCUGGGUUCCUCUACAACUCAAGACCGCCAUCUGGGCCAUUGCCUACUACUUCUUCACCGGACUCGGCAUCACCGCAGGUUACCACCGACUCUGGUCCCACUGCUCCUACACAGCCAGCCUCCCCCUACGCAUCUGGCUCGCCCUAGCCGGCGGCGGUGCCGUCCAAGGCUCCGCACGCUGGUGGGCGCGCCACCACCGCGCACACCACCGCUACACCGACACAGCGCGGGACCCUUACGCAGUCAACAAGGGACUCUUCUACUCGCACUUCGGCUGGAUGAUCCUCAAGCAGAAUCCCAAACGCUUCGGGCGGACCGACAUCUCGGACCUCAACGACGACCCGGUCGUGGUCUGGCAGCACCGGCACUUCCUCAAGAUCGUGGUCAUGAUGGGGAUGGUCUUCCCGAUGCUCGUCGCCGGGCUCUGGAACGACUGGUGGGGCGGGUUCAUCUACGCGGGGAUUCUGCGGAUCUUCGUCGUGCAGCAGGCGACAUUCUGCGUGAACUCGCUGGCGCAUUGGCUGGGUGAGCAGCCGUUCGAUGAUCGGAACUCGCCGCGGGAUCAUGUUCUCACGGCGUUGGUGACCCUCGGCGAGGGGUAUCAUAAUUUCCAUCACGAGUUUCCGUCGGAUUAUCGCAACGCGAUCGAGUGGUAUCAGUAUGAUCCGACGAAGUGGUCGAUUUGGCUGUGGAAGCAGAUGGGGCUGGCGUGCGAUCUGAAGGAGUUUCGCGCGAAUGAGAUUGAGAAGGGGCGCGUGCAGCAGUUGCAGAAAAAGGUCGAUGAGAAGAGGGCGAGGCUGGAUUGGGGCACGCCGCUGAGGGAGUUGCCGGUCUUGGAGUGGGACGAGUAUGUGGAGCAGGCGAGGACGAGGGCCUUGGUCGUGGUCGCGGGCGUCGUCCAUGAUGUUUCCGACUUCAUCCAGGAUCAUCCUGGGGGCAGACGCAUGAUCCAGGCCGGGGUGGGAAAGGAUGCGACCGCCAUGUUCAAUGGGGGCGUGUACUAUCAUUCUAAUGCCGCGCAUAACUUGCUCUCCAUGAUGCGGGCCGGGGUGAUUCGGGGAGGCAGCGAGGUGGAGGUGUGGAAGAGACAGCAGAAGGAACGAUGGAAAGGUUACUACUGAAGUUAGCAUUCAGGGUCUAGAUGAGAGUUCUGAAAAAUUAGAGUUAGGUUUAGCCUUUCCAUGGAGGGAGAUCACAACCACAUCCCAUCCAGAGAAGCAUAUGCAUUGAAAAUCAAGGACGAUCUUCCCAGCCCUACACAACAAAGCCAAACCCUCGGAUGGCCGGAAGAGCUCCAAGCACGGACGAAGACGAUCUCCAGACGAUAACAGCAUCAUGACGCAAUGGAAGCAAACGGCGCCCCG